AUGGCUGGUAACGACUACCUACUCUUCGAUGAGGUUGAGGUCAACCCUCACGGGGGAGUGCAGGAGGCGAGGGAGAUAGGCGCUAAUGCAGUCGAGAGAGACCGAUCUCUCCCGACACGAAGAGUGUGGCCAGCUGUCGUGAAGGUCCCUUGGAUUGAUGAUCGUAGACCUAAGCAGAAUUAUGAUGCCAUCAGAGGCCGAGAUUUGAAGAUCACACAGAGGCUGGCCAAGAGACCUGAAGAGUUAGCAGCGUAUGAAGCGGCCGUGGACGAGCUCUUGAAGUCCGGGGCGGUCGAGGAACUCCCACUGGGGGAGGACCCGAGGAAAUGGGCUUACCACUAUAUGUGUGGGGUUCCGGUUUUCGCCAAUCAGCGAAAGUCCACUCGCUGUCGUAUUUGUAUCGACGCUCGAGAGCUUAACAACUUCACGAAUAAAGAAGGAGACGAGGAGGCCGCGGACAUGGACCUACAGUCACGGAUUCUAGAGUGGCGAGCGUCCAAGCGAGUUGAUUGUGAGGAUCUCAAGAAGGCCUUCUGGUCGGUCCACAUCGAUAAAUCGGAUGUGAAGUGGUUGGGGAUGUGCGUCGGGUCGAGGAUCAUAAGGUGGAUCCAUGUCCCUUUCGGGACGAAUUGGUCCCCUUGGGCCCUGUCUUCGGUCUUGGGAAAGAUUCUCAAACAGAUCGGGGGGACGGGCGGUGCCGAAGCUAUCUCCUUCUAUGUCGACGAUGUACUUCUGCGAGGGGACAGUUGCUCGGAGGUGUCGAAGAUUCGUCGGGAGGUGGUUCCCGCAUUAGAAGAGCGGGGGUUCGAAGUCCACCAGGACAAGCGAAUGUCCAAUCUCGACACGGAUGAGACUGUAUAG